GCUAAUGUCUCGCUCUCUCCCCUUUUCCUUCUACCCAUUUACUUAUUCUUCUCUUCUGAAUGGGGAGUGAGACAGAAGUUUUCUUGUUGGUUUGAAACUCUCAUCUGCCAAAAGGGAAACCAAAUGAGGUACUCUCUGGCGGCAUCAUCACCGACGUCCCCCACUCUACCAUCGAAAGGCGCAGCCCGCUUUACUCAUCAGUAUCUAUGGGUAGUGAUCGUGGCCAGCGUUGUAACGGUUUCACUUGGUUUCAUGUUAUAUUGUUGUGUUAGGAGGCGUUACUUGGCAACCUUCAUGCACCAACGAGCACAUAAAGAAAUGUUUCAACGGGCCACAAGGAAUUUGCGGCGCUUCCCAUUGCACCAACUAGAAAAGGCUACAAAUAAUUUCAGCUGCGACUGCUUAUUAGGAUCGGGUGCAUUUGGUAAUGUAUAUAAAGGAAUAUUUGAAGAAGGAACACUUGCGAUCAAGCGGGCCCACCCAGAUUCUUACCAAAAUAUCAAUGAAUUUAGAAAUGAAGUCGAACUGCUGUCGAGAGUUAAGCAUAGGAAUCUCCUAGGUUUGGUUGGUUUCUGCGAAGAAGCUGGCCAGAGAAUAUUGGUGUAUGAAUACGUACCCAACGGUUCCCUGUUUGAAUACAUUGCUGGAAGAAGAGCGAAGACUUUAACUUGGAGGCAAAGAGUAAACGUGGCAAUCGGGGCUGCUAAAGGCAUUGCUCAUCUUCAUGAAGGUAUAAAACCAAGCAUAAUUCACAGGGAUAUAAAACCAAGCAACAUUUUGAUAGCGGACGGAUUCGAAGCCAAGGUCUCAGAUUUCGGGCUGGUUCGAUGGGGGCCUACUGGCGAUGCGUCCCAUGUUAGUAGCCAGAUCAAAGGGACUCCAGGCUACUUGGACCCUGCUUAUUGUUCUAGCUACCACCUUACACCUUUCAGCGACGUCUACAGCUUUGGGGUGAUAUUGCUACAACUUGUGGCUGCUAGACCUGCAGUUGAUACUACUAGAAAACAUUCUCAGUAUCACAUCAUCGAAUGGGCGAGGCCGAGCAUAGAGAGCGGUGCCAUCGAAGACAUCCUCGACAAUAAUCUACUAUCACAAUCGAGCGACAUGGAAAUGAUGUUAAAAGUGAGCCAGCUGGGCCUUAAAUGUGUGACCAAGGUACCUCGACAGCGUCCAACGAUGACCCAAGUGUGGCAAGAACUAGAAGAGGCGCUCCAUUCAAUAGACCACACUUCCAUCCACAAAAAUCCAUCAAGAGGAUCCCAAAGAUCGGUCAAUUUGGAUGACUCUCAGCGAUUUGUGAGCGUUGAUCGAGUGGGCCUACAGAGAUUUCGGGUGGAAAUGGACAGCCUAUCCUUCCAAAGCACAAGCUUGAGGUGCUUAGAGAACAACAGUAUUAGCAUUGAUAUGGACAGGCACAGUUUAGGAGGGAUAAGUGAGGAAUCCAACUCAAGCGAGCAAACUACUACAACGAAAAGCUGAUAUGGUAAAAGUCAUGAACUUGGUGUUACAGUUGCAUGGCUCUACUUAAUUUACACAGCUGUGCGUUAGAUCUGAGCUGUUCAUCAUGUGUACACCAUCAUUUAUGUACUGUGGAAACAAAAACAGGCCAGUUUGAUCAUAUGUGGGUCACACAUGUGAUUCGAAUGCAGACAAUUGGUAAUUUCUUUUAACCAUGCAUCCAUUCUCUUCAUAGCACGACAUGAUAACCUGACUAGCUUU